AUGGGUUCAGUCCAGUCACCGUACCCACCGGGAAUCCACGUCCCUUCCCUGACGUGGUUCAAACCAGACGCCACACAAACGAUCGAUUGGGAUCUUCAGGAAAAGCAUCUAGAAUUCCUCAUUCGGAGCGGUAUUCAUGGAAUUGUCAUCGCCGGCACAAAUGGUGAAGCGGCCACUCUGACGCCGGAAGAGAAGUCUAAGCUAGUACGCCUGACGCGAUCUACCGCGCAAAAGCUCAAUCAAUCCAGUCUACCAAUUACCUGUGGUACCUUUGGUGGAUGCACGCAAGCGAUUAUUCAAGACACCAAAUUGGCCGCCGAUGCAGGCGCCGACUAUGCGCUCGUUCUCGUGCCGUCGUAUUUCCAUUUCGCACUUGAUGCCACUGCGAUCGUGGAGUUCUUCCAGGAUGUGGCGUCGGCAUCACCGGUUCCAGUUGUGAUCUAUAACUUCCCUGGUGUUGCCAGCGGAUUGAAUGUUACUUCAGAGAUGCUGGAGACGCUUGGAGACCACCCAAAUAUUGUCGCUGUGAAGUUGACCUGCGGGACAAUUGCCUCGGUUGCCAGGACGGCUGCUAAAUUUGGCACAGCGCUGGAUGGGGACAGGAGGUUUGUCGCUCUGGCAGGCCAAAGUGACUGGCUUGUUCCUUGCCUCACUAUAGGCGGUGCUGGAUCUGUAACAGGUCUGGCAAAUCUGUAUCCGAAGGCCUGCAUGGAGAUAUUUAACCUGCACAACUCAGGAAAGAGGGCCGAGGCGGAGAAACUUCAAAUCCAACUCGCAGUUGCGGAAUGGGGAUUCGGCAAGGGAGGCAUCAACGGAACCAAGUGGGUUGUUGCCAAGUACCUGGGCUAUCCCGAGGAUAGCGCAUGCUGUCGUCGACCCUAUCCCAAAUUUAUCGACGAAGAAAAGCGUGCGUGGAUUACCAAGCAAGUUAAUGGACUGCAGGUUAUCGAACAAGGACUUUAA